AUGGCUGCAUUUGGCCUGCUGCCCAGUCCUCCAAUUUCCGAAUCCAGGCCGGCAAGUACUGGGCCCGAGGCAUCCUACUUUGAGUGUAAAAGCGAGGAAACCCCCGCCGAACCGGACGACGUGGAGAGCACUGAGAGUAUCUCAGAGGUUACCAACUGCAUAGAAGACGUCAAGCAACAGGACGGCAUGGAUCAUGUGGACGUAUCACAAUACACGACAGAGGAAACAGCCACUGAAGAAAAGUCACCCUAUCAAGCCUACCGUCCUCCAGAUCGGCAAGUCAAGUCUCCCGAAAAACGACGAACGGAUGUGACGAAUGUCCACGAGGCACACUCGAACUUGAUUCGACAAUGCGAAGAGACACUUGCGUUAACACCGACAAGAGAAAAGCCUGAUAAGGAGGAGCCGACGCCAGUUACAUCACCUGCCUCUUUACAUAGCGCCAAGGCUUCCAUGCCUACUACCUCUCCGAGACCGCAACGGCCAAGGGCAACGACUGUCUCGAGUGAAGCCAGUUGGAUCCCGAGCAACUUCUCGUAUUGUGAGACAUGGUUGCAAGGUGUACCACUAGAUCCGCUAGAUAAAGACGACAACCCCAAAGAAUUCAACCGUCGAAAAUUCCAGAUUAUCGAACAAGAUCCACCAAUGCCGAAACUAGAUAUCAUUCCUGGUGGGCGGACCUUGGACGAGCCUGUGAGAUUCGCCGUUGCUAGCAAGCCAAGGCUGGUGGACAUUUCCCGGCAAUCAUCACCAUCUUUGGGCCCCAUGGGCCCGCCACCACCACUUCCUCCUCCCAUAGUCCGUCAGACUGUGUGUGUUCCAAUGACGCCCGACCAGCGGCAAGAGGAGGUGUCUGCAUUUAGUCCAGACACCCCAUUGGAUACGCCGAUGGAGAUGUCUGAUAGUGGAUAUGGUACACGCGAAUCCGGCUACUCUAUGGAUAGCUACCAAGAUAGCAAGGAUGACGAUACCUACUCCGAUCCAGGUUCAUUGACCUCUGACAGUAUCACUUCUACUGUUAUUGGAGAUAGACCUGAAUCCACCCUCGGCGAGCGCGAGGCAUCCCCACAACCUGAAAUUCGAUCAGGCAGUGUCAGCCCAAAGGCAUCUCCAUCGCCACCAAAUCACUCUCCGGGUCGAACCUCCCACACUUCGGAAGAUGAAAAGUAUGAAAAGCAGGCCUCAUGGGAUCGCCAGUGGACGUUAGAUGACCAUGAGUGGACUCUAGGCGAGCUUGAACACUCGGUCAAGGAUUUCCCUCGCCAUAUGCUUCGACUUACUUCGCCCGUGAUCGUCUUUCUACGGAAGAACGACGAAAAAGCUUUAAUACGACCCUUCCGAACUAUUUUCCCAACAGUCGCAGAGAAUCUGCUCGACUGCCUCUGUGCAGCACUCAUUGCCCGCAACUACCUUCUUUCUCUUGCAAAACUACAUCGUCGCAAACCCUCUCUUUCAUCACGAAACGAUGUGUAUGCCGUGGACGCAGUCCCAGCAAAAGCAUACAGUACUCUAGGAAUCCAACUCCCAACCGCCUCACCCGGUCGCAUCAAAGAUCGCGUCCUGGGCUCACGCAGUACCGAGCUGCGUCAAGAUGUCGAACGAAUUAUCGACAACCUCCUCUUUGCUAUUUGUGGCAAAUCCGACGAUACUCUCAAGUCAGCCAUUGAGGUUCUAGCUCAAGUCCUCGAAACCAAUGCCUCAUAUUAA